GCCGGGCCGGGCGGCUGGAGCGGCGGCGGCGGCGGGUGGGAGCAGCAUGGGUGUGAUAGGUGUACAGUUGGUGGUGACCAUGGUAAUGGCUAGUGUCAUACAGAAGAUCAUACCUCAUUAUUCUCUUGCUCGUUGGCUUCUCUGCAGUGGCAGUUUACGAUGGUAUCAACAUCCUACUGAAGAAGAACUACGGAUUCUUGCAGGGAAGCAAAGAGGGAAGAGCAAAAAAGAUAGGAAAUAUAAUGGUCAUAUUGAAAACAAACCUCUAACCAUUCCAAAGGACAUUGAUCUUCAUCUGGAAACAAAGUCUGUGACUGAAAGGGACACUAUAGCAUUGCAUUACUUUCCUGAGUAUCAGUGGCUGGUGGAUUUUACUGUUGCAGCUACAGUUGUGUAUGUGGUGACUGAAGCCUAUUACAGUAUUGUGAAGCCCUCACAGGAAAUGAAUAUCAGUGUAGUGUGGUGUCUGCUUGUCUUGGCGUUUGCAGUUAAGGUACUGUUUUCAUUGACCACCCAUUAUUUCAAAGUGGAGGAAGGAGGUGAAAGAUCAGUUUGCGUCACCUUUGGCUUUUUCUUCUUUGUGAAAGCAAUGGCAAUUUUGAUUGUGACAGAAAACUAUCUGGAGUUUGGGCUGGAAUCAGGAUUCUCAAAUUUCUCGGAAAGUGCUAUGCAGUUCCUUGAAAAACAGGGUUUGGAAUCACAGGGUCCUGUGUCUAAACUAACCUUCAAAUUGUUCCUGGCUGUUCUGUGUUCACUUAUUGGUGCUUUUUUGACAUUCCCUGGCUUGCGACUGGCUCAAAUGCAUCUGGAUGCUCUGAAUUUAGCAACAGAAAAAAUAACACAAACAUUGCUUCAUAUAAACUUCUUGGCACCUCUAGUUAUGGUUCUUCUGUGGGUAAAACCAAUCACUAAGGACUACAUUAUGAACCCGCCUUUGGGCAAAGAGAGCAUACCUUUAAUGUCAGAAGAUACAUUUGACACCAUGAGGUUGUGGAUUAUAAUCCUGUUGUGUGCUCUGCGGUUGGCGAUGAUGCGCAGUCAUUUGCAGGCCUAUCUGAAUCUAGCCCAGAAAAGCGUGGAUCAGAUGAAAAAGGAAGCUGGCAGGAUAAGUACAGUUGAUUUACAAAAAAUGGUGGCUCGGGUAUUCUAUUAUCUUUGUGUAAUUGCACUGCAGUAUGUUGCACCAUUGGUGAUGCUCCUUCACACAACUCUGCUUCUGAAAACACUAGGUAAUUAUUCUUGGGGCAUCUACCCGGAACCGAAUUCCGACACUCCAGUAGAAAACAAUCUGCUUCCCAAUUCAAUUUAUUCUGAAUCUCCACCCGCUGAUGGAAAGAUGAAAGUAACUGUAGUACAAAUAACAAUGGCUUUGGGAAGCCUAAAGAAUAUUUUCACUCCUCUCCUGUUCCGGGGACUCCUGUCUUUCCUUACCUGGUGGGUUGCUGCUUGUCUCUUUUCUACAAGCCUUUUUGGGCUUUUCUAUCACCAGUACCUGACUGUGGCAUGAGCAGAUCAACUGAUAAGUACAACAUCAAAUUCUAGAUACAAACCCAGGUACCCAAGAGGAGAUGAAGAUAAAAGAAGAAAGCUAUAUAUGAAGAGAAAACAUAUCAGUUUUUUUUUAAAACUCUUCCUCUGUGUUCUCAGGGUGAAUAUUCUUAAAAUGUUUAAAGUUACAACUGGGUUUGUUAUUUUGUUACCAAGGUGGUAGGUAACUAAUUCAAUUAUAGUAAUGAGACUGACAUUAUUGUGUGGCAGGUGUUGGUGGCAUGUUACAAAGAUACAGCCUCUGCGUAUCUUGAUUUCCAUUGAGAAGAUGUCACCCUCAACACUUUGUGUUCUAAGAAUCAGCUGUCAGUGACUGAACUGUGUAAGUAGGCACUGGUUAUGCUGAUGAUGGCUGCCUAUUCAGUAAAAUCUUGAAACUGAGCCAUACAAUGGAAUAUGAAAGGGGAUUUUAAAAAGUUCUGUUGGAUAGCUGUUGAUCACUUUUCUCCAUGAAAAAUGAAAUAAUCCAACAGGACAACAGAGAUACUGUAUAUUACAGUAAAAAAAGUUGUAUAAAAUUUAAAUUUAACAUAAGAUAAAUGUGUGGACCUGGCAGGUAUUGCUGCCUAAAUAUUAUGCAGAAAUGCUUGCACAGUGAGAGGGGAAUUAUUAAAUAUAUAUAUAUAUAUAAAAAAUACAGUCCCUGCAGUCAUUUUGAGGUAAUGGCCAUCUGUAUUGGUGCUAAUAUUGAUCCACAGAUUCCAUUUGGAUCUUUUAAAUUUCUUCUUUUUAGGUAAUAGAUAAAUUCCAUUGAAUUCACAAAAUAAUAGAAGUAGAUAAGUGACACCAUUCAAACAUUUCAAAACAGUUUAAUCCUGCUGACUAAGAGUGUAUGUAUCUGUAAUGUACAUAUAAAUAUAUAUUAUAUAUCAAAUAUAUAAUAUAUAUGAAGUUGCAAAAUACGGAAUCUUUAUUUUAAAUUGUUGAAUGUAUAUUACAAGGCCAUGGGAGAGGUAUACAUCUUAAUUCAAGAUCCCAUUUGAAAUGAAAAUUAAAUUUGUUGAAAGUUCAGUUGAAAGGGCUAUUUGAUUUUGGUGCCUCUACAAAGGUACUUAGCUAUACUAAAGAACUUAAGCUAUUUUGCAAGAAGAGAUCAACUUCAUCUGUUGAUGCUGAAAUACCAGCUCUGUCAGAUUGUCUCCUUUAGCCAGUGUAAUCUGUGUUAACUUGGCCGUAUGGUAACAAAUAAUAUCUCUCAGAAAUAAUAAUUUUCUGUGUAAUAAACAGUUAUUGUAAGGAGGAGCAAAGCAUUGACUUUAAAAGUUUUGCUUCAGUGGAGGGUUAGACCCUACAUAUCAAACUGUUGUGAAACAAUGAAUUACAAUGUUUUAGAUGUUUUGUGUAAUUGGAGAACAAAAAUGGGGAUUCAUAUGUAGUAGCUUUUUUAAAAUGUUAAUAUUACACUGCAGAGUUCAGUGCUUUAUUUUUUUUAACUAAUACUGGCUACUUUUCUGUUAGUGUUCUUUUUCUCUUGAAUUUGUGCUUUGGCAUAUAAGCAUUUAUAAAUGGAAAAGCUUAAAUAUUUAAUAUGUUGCAAACCUGCCAUAUGGGAAAGCAAACUGUCCAUGAAUGCAGAAACUUCAGAAUUUAAGCUGGUGAUAAAUUGUCUUGUUAUGUUGAA